CUCUAGGAUCCAUAUGCGUAACCGUUUCCAGAAACCGGUUGACGUGAUAGCUUUCUCAUCAUUCAAUAUCUCAUAUCAACGAACAAAACGCCGCAGUUUCCAAAUACAAGACAGAGGGAAACUUGUUGUUGCUGGUCAAUAAUACCAAGGACAAUCACUUGAGUCGGUGAACAGCCCUCUUAAUAGCUGACAGGAGUGUCUGUCUGCAUCUGCAUCCUUGGUGAAUUCCUCCACCGUGUCGCCGCCAAGGCAGGAGACCCGCCGCUUGUCUCAACGUUGUGAGGUACUGCCGGCGACACCAUGAGCCAGAGGUUUACAGUGACAGCCUUUUCCAAGAGCGACAUGUCAGACAUCCAGGGCGAGGUGAACCAACUGUUCGAGGGAGAUGAACCCACGCCGAGCUAUUCAAAUAAAGAGGUGUCUUUCAAUACGGAGGUGGUGGUCGUGGAAGGUGAUGGGAACCCCAAGGAGAGCAGCCCUUUCAUCAACAGCAGUGAAGCCACAGAGAAGAGCCAGCAAUACGAUGGCAAACAUAUGGCUCUGUUUGAGGAGGAGAUGGAGACCAGUCCCAUGGUAUCGUCUAUGCUCAGUAGUCUGGCCAACUACUCCAACCUCCCCCAGGGCAGCAAGGAGCACGAGGAGGAGGCCGACAAUGAGGAGGAAGACAAAAAGAAGAAGAAACCUGUCAAGGCUCCAGCGCUGGGGACCCUGAUGGGAGUGUACCUCCCCUGCAUCCAGAACAUCUUCGGGGUGAUCCUGUUCCUGCGGAUGACCUGGAUGGUCGGCAUCGGAGGAGUCAUUGGCUCCUUCAUCAUCGUCUUCAUGUGCUGUUCCACUACCAUGCUGACUGCAAUCUCAAUGAGUGCCAUUGCUACCAAUGGAGUAGUGCCAGCUGGAGGAUCCUACUACAUGAUCUCCCGUUCUCUGGGGCCUGAGUUUGGGGGUGCUGUGGGCAUUUGUUUCUACCUCGGGACAACGUUCGCUGGGGCCAUGUACAUCCUGGGGUCCAUCGAACUCUUACUGAUCUACAUCCUCCCCCAGGCGGCCAUUUUUAAGAUGGAGGGUCUGGAGGGGGCCGAGGCGGAGGCGGCGAUGCUGAACAACAUGCGCGUGUACGGCACUAUUGUGCUCAGUUUCAUGGCCACAGUGGUGUUCGUGGGGGUCAAGUACGUCAACAAGCUGGCCCUGCUUUUUCUGGCCUGCGUCAUACUCUCCAUCCUGGCCGUGUAUGCCGGAGUCAUCAAGACAGCCAUCGAACCGCCUGACUUCCCAGUCUGUAUGCUGGGGAAUCGCCCGCUGAUCUCCAAAGGGAUCGAUGUGUGCGCCAAAACACUGGAGAGUGGCAACGGCACAGUCACCACCAAGCUGUGGAAGAUCUUCUGCGAUACUCCCUUCCUCAACGCCACCUGUGACGAGUACUUUGCCAACAACAACGUGUCCUUCAUCCAGGGCAUCCCCGGGGUCAUGAGCGGCAUCCUCAAAGAGAACCUAUUUGGGAAUUACCUGGAGAAGGGCAAUCUGGUGGCCAAGAUUGGGAUUGCGACCGUGGAGGGCCCCGAUGAAACUCUGACCAACUCCAACCGCUACGUCCUGGCCGACAUCACCAGCUUCUUCACCCUUCUGGUCGGCAUCUACUUCCCCUCCGUCACAGGGAUCAUGGCCGGAUCCAACCGGUCUGGAGACCUGCGUGACGCGCAGAAGUCCAUCCCCAUCGGCACUAUCAUGGCCAUCACCACUACCUCACUAGUGUACAUGUCCGCUGUGGUCCUGUUCGGUGCCUGUAUCGAUGGAGUGGUACUAAGGGACAAGUUUGGAGAGGGAGUCAAUGGCAACCUGGUCAUUGGCACCUUGGCCUGGCCAUCCCCGUGGGUGAUUGUAAUUGGCUCCUUCUUUUCCACCUGCGGAGCGGGGCUUCAGAGCUUGACGGGCGCCCCACGUCUCAUGCAGGCCAUCUCCAGGGAUGGUGUCGUGCCCAUCCUACGGGUGUUUGGCCAUGGGAAGGCCAAUGGGGAGCCCACCUGGGCCCUGCUGCUGACCGCCUGUAUCUGUGAGAUAGGGAUCCUCAUUGCCUCCCUGGACGCAGUGGCCCCCAUCCUCUCCAUGUUCUUUCUGAUGUGCUACAUGUUUGUGAACCUGGCCUGUGCCUUGCAAACCCUCCUGAGGACGCCUAACUGGAGGCCACGCUUCAAGUUCUAUCACUGGGCCCUGUCCUUCCUGGGCAUGAGUCUGUGUCUAUCGCUCAUGUUCAUCUGUUCCUGGUUCUAUGCCAUUGUUGCCAUGGUGAUCGCUGGCAGUAUCUACAAGUAUAUUGAGUUCCGUGGGGCGGAGAAAGAGUGGGGUGAUGGGAUACGAGGCAUUUCUCUCAGCGCCGCCCGAUAUGCUCUGAUGAGGCUGGACGAGGGGCCGGCGCACACCAAAAACUGGAGGCCUCAGCUGCUGGUGUUGGUCAGUACGGACGUGGAGCAGAAUGUGGAGCAGCCUCGUCUGCUCUCGCUGACCAAUCAGCUGAAAGCGGGCAAAGGGCUGACCAUUGUGGGCACUGCCUUGGCAGGCACCUACCUGGAGAACCACCCCCAGGCCCAGCAAGCAGAGCAGUCUCUGCGUAAGCUGAUGGAGACAGAGAAGGUGAAGGGCUUCUGCCAGGUCACCAUCUCGUCCAACAUGCGCGACGCCACCUCCCACCUGCUCCAGGCCAGUGGGCUGGGCGGUCUCAUGCACAACACGGUGCUGGUCAGCUGGCCACGCAACUGGAAGCAGGCUGACGACCACCAGACCUGGAGGGACUUCAUCGAGCUGGUUAGGGAGACCACAGCCGCUCACCUAGCCCUGCUGGUGCCCAAGAACAUCGCUGCCUUCCCGUCCAAUGGAGAGCGCUUCUCAGAGGGCCACAUUGACGUGUGGUGGAUCGUCCAUGAUGGAGGCAUGCUGAUGCUGCUGCCUUUCCUUCUGCGCCAGCACAAGGUGUGGAGGAAGUGCAGGAUGCGCAUCUUCACCGUGGCCCAGAUGGACGACAACAGCAUCCAGAUGAAGAAAGACCUGACCACCUUCCUGUACCACCUGCGUAUCGAUGCCGAGGUUGAAGUGGUGGAAAUGCAUGACAGCGAUAUCUCAGCCUACACCUAUGAGAAGACCCUGGUAAUGGAACAGCGAUCGCAGAUCCUCAAACAGAUCAACCUGACCAAGACGGAGCGAGAGAGAGAGAUCCAGAGCAUCACAGACUCAUCCCGCGGAUCCAUCCGGCGUAAGAACCCUGCAGCUGCAACCACCCAGAUGAGUGUGACCGAGGAACAGCCCGGUGGGAGCAGCAAGGAGGAGGAGAAACCCGAGGAGGAGGUUCAGCUUAUCCAUGACAGCACCACCCCAGCCAGUCCCAUCAACCCGGCUACCCUGACCCCGGCCACCGAAGGGGGUGCCCAGACCCCAGGGUCUGCCCAGGUCCAGAUGACCUGGACGGAAAAGGCCGAUGGUGAGCUGGCCAAGCCGCCUGGCGCCUCCACACCGGAGGGCAUCAAAGACAUCUUCAACAUGAAGCCAAACCAGUCCAAUGUGAGACGCAUGCACACAGCACUGAGGCUGAAUGGUGUCAUCGUGAAGAAAUCCUCAGAGGCCAAGCUGGUGCUCCUUAACAUGCCCGGGCCGCCCAAAAACCGAGCGGGCGACGAGAACUACAUGGAGUUCCUGGAGGUCCUGACUGAAGGUCUCAACAGGGUUCUCCUGGUUCGCGGUGGCGGUCGUGAGGUCAUCACCAUCUACUCUUGAGAGAGCAGCCCCCCCCAAGUCCCUGAUCUCCCCCCCCCCCUUCCAUUUGUUUCUGUCAGACACUCCCCUCACACCCAAGCAAUACCCCAUCUCACCUUGCGUCUCUUCACGCUAUCUUCUGUUUGCCUUAAAACACACUCUCACACACACAAACACACAAUCUAUUCAGACUAGUAGGAUGCUAUUUAGAUUACCUCACACACUUUAGAGCCUUUUCCGGUCCUCUAAGAUGUCAGAGGUAGCCUCUUUUAGCUUCAUAUCCAGACCACAUAUCAUCUAGAGCAGAUGGCUCAGAGACUUCGCCUCCCCCUGUCCGUGGCCCAAAUAACCUACAAAGGAAAGGUUUAGUCCAAUUCACCCAGCAAGAUUAUCAAUCAGUACUCUGAAAUGAAAUAGCGUGAAAUACUGCCCUCUGCUGAUUGCAGGUAGCCAUCACAGUCCAGUUCCACACCCUUUGUGCUAUUCAUAGCUGCCUAUUGGUCAAUCCACUGGUCACUUGCUUAUGGAGUCAAGGAUACAGAGGGUUAGGUGAGCUGGGUUGUUCAGUGUGAUGUGUGUGUCUGCGUGUGUUUAAGGCUGCGUUUGCACAGGUAGCCCAAUUAUGAUGUUUUCUUCAGUAAUUGGUCUUUUGACCAAAGCAGAUAAACUCUGAAAAAGAUCUGAUGUGAUUGGUCAGAAGACGAAUUAUUGGAAAAAAUAUCAGAAUUGGGAUACCUGUGUAGACGCAGCUUAAGUGUCUCAUUCAUCCGAUUGUGGUUUGUUUUUAUGAGGGGAUGUUUUAGAGUGCCAUCAAUUUGGAGUCACCUACCUAUCAACAUGGAGUAGCAUACCGCAAGACUGAACAGUGGUCAGUGGAGAACUGAGGAUGUUGACGUUGUGUAGCUAGUCGUGUAUAUGACCCUGCGAAACCACAGCGAAGAGAGAAUACCAAAAGACUCCUGUGGGAAACCCUGUUCAUUAAGUGCGGAGAUAACCACCGUCGAGAAAGACUGCUACCCAUGGUCAUGGUUGGUGGUUUGAAGAGAACUUGGUCAUUCUUUUAAUCAGGGUAAGUUGUGAACGAAGGAACAAAGUUUGGAGGAAGAUGGGAGAGAAACGAACAAGCCUCCGGGAUGACAUAGAUCGUGCUCUAUGAACUUUGACCUCAUCUUGAGUACAACAUGUCGUCCUCAGGUCGCUGUACUUUGUUUUUGCUCUCGCACUGUCAUCAUAUUUAUACUUCUCCCUUUUCCCCCUUUCUAAGUGUCUAUGUGUCCCGUCUAGAUCCAGCCACUGUUAGUGCCAAAAACAACAAGGCUAGCUUGAUUUAAGAUAUUGAUACGUUGUUAUUAAACUGUGAGGAGCGUUCUUAGCGGAAAAGUCGUCUGACAGAAAAGCAGGGGCUCUAUCUCAAUGUUCUUUCCUUGAUUCCUACUAUCCCCUUUGCUCGCCUCCUUGGACAGAGGAGAGACAAAGAAUCGAGGAAAGACAAUUGAAAAAGAGCCCCUGCUCUUAUGUCAGACGACCUUUCCACUAAGAACGAGAAACUAAAAAGAGCCAGGGAAAGAUUAUGAGCAGAGAAUGAGAAAGAAAAACGAGGAAGAGACAGGAAUAGAUUAUGAGCAGUGAGUUCCUCAUUGUCAGACACCCACACCCCUUGACCCCAGUGUGGAUCACUGUAAAUAGUGUAAAAGCUCUGACACGUUGUUAAUUAUGAGUGUAGUAUGUUUGUGACUUACUAAAAAGCUUCUAGUCGAGAAAAUGUUCCUUCUCUCAAAGGGUCGGCUCAAAACUGCUUUUGGAUGGCUUAGGCUCCUAUCACUAUGGUAACUGUCACUGUUUCCCUGACGAGUACUGCACCUGCACUGUCCCCCACUGUGCAACAGGUGAUUUAAUGAAUUUACCAGUUCAUUAAAUGAACAUUUUUCCACCUAGAAAACAAAAUGUUGUUUCUUAUGUUUAUAGACAAAAGUUAUGCAUAUUUAUAUAAUAGAGAUAUCAUUUGAAUUAUCGCAAAAAAAUAUAUUAUGUUGUUUUGCCAAAUUUAUAUAUGUUUACAUGUGCCAUAUAAAAAAAAUAUUUUUUAAAUGAAAUAGAUCUAUGAAAGUCUAAUAUUGAUUUAAAUUACAGAGUACAAAUUGUGCAUUAGGUUGAAGGGUUAGUGUGCAAUUAAAUAGUAAUAGAUAUAAAGUGAUGGAAUGGAAAAGGGUUACACAGCUAUGAAACUCACCCCAUCCGUAACACUGAACCCUAUGCAGUAUAAUCCAAAUAUGUGAUUUCGUAUCCACAAAAUUGGCACAGAUUUGAGCCAAUAUGUAUGGCCCUGACAAUGAAUGGAUUAUUAGCUAAUUACAACAAAGACGUUUAAAGUGAAUUUUGAAAGGAAUGUGCAAUAGCUGAAAUUUGGUCUCACAUAUUCAUGUUAUUUAUUUUUUUACUCAUCUAUUUUGUAUGUAGAUUUCAUAUGUCUAAGGAAUUUAUUAAUAUAUCACAAUGACCAAGGACAACUAUCAUCAUGUAUUUAUUUUGUGUUUUUAAAGUCACUUGCACUUGUAGUAGAACUAUGAAUAUAUAUAUAUAUAUAAUAGAGGGUUCAAAACAACAAAUUACACUAGUUUAUAGAGCUGUUGAACCCAGUAUUUAUGUUUAAAGUGUUGUUUGAAAGUCAGACUCAUAUGUUGUGAAUUCUGCUAGUAUUAUUAGAGUUAUUUGUAAAUUAACACAUCUAAAGGAACAUACAAAAGAUAUCAGAAAAAGGGUAGGCAUAUAUAGAAAUACAUAUCAAUGCUGGUGGUUUGUCUCCUCCAAGACUUGACCCGGCUUUACCUAUUAACUAUUGACCUGAGAGUCUUUCUGGACAGGAGUCUUUUUCAGCUUUGGAAGAGAACUUUCCUGAAUAUAUUAUACAGUAUCUUGAGGCAAUACUUAUACCAUUAGGGUGCAAUUUGUUUGGGAGUCCAGGGGCAGUCCCCCCCCCCAGUGCUUUUUUAUUAUUUUCACAAAUGGCACUGUUGAUUAUUCCAUCCUCUGCAAUCCACAUUUAGCCUAGAGAAACUCUUAGCCCAGACUGCAACUUUGAACGUUUUAUCAAGUUGAAUUGACAACAAUCGUGCAAUAAAGUGUUGUUAGAACUUAAAGAUAGUAAAGUUCUUUGUUUUACAUUUUGAUUGAUAUGUGUGAAAUGUUAACUGCAAUUCACUGGUAGUUCUCUGCCAGUUACAUCAGAUCUCUUACUAGAGCAAACUCUAGCGACUGGUCUAGCCACUGCUAGUUUUUACAUAUGGCCAAUAUAUGACUACAACCAUAUGACUCUCUCCUAUUAUUACACAAUUUGAUUAAUAGACACUCAUAUCAACUUUCAAAAUACUUGGCUAUUUUGGAAUUUUACUACAACAUUGCCUGCAUUGACUGAGCCUUUAAUCUAUUUAUAAAGAAAAGAUCUCAAAUGUUGGUGAAAAAAAGAUUUAUGGGAAAUGAGUUUGUUUGAAUUUCCAAUGUGUUUUAUAAUUACUGUUUGCAUGGUCUUAUGUGGAAAUAUUUGUUUCAGUGGUAUAUGGUGUGAUGACUUAUAUGUACAAGGCAAGUGGUUUGGAAGGGGAAUGUCCUCCAUCUACACAAGGGCUCCCUUUGGGGGUCUGUGAUUAAACUACAAGACGUUGCUUUGGUCACAGAAAAGAGAACUUGAGAAUGAUUGCCUCGUGGUUACAUAGUUAGACAUUGAAAACAAGUAUUUUGCCAAAAAAAAGUAUAAGUUCACAAUAUUGUUGUCAAUCUUGCUAAAUUAAUGUUGCGUAACGUAAUAUGAGUUUAUGCGUUGAAUAGAUGGGCCUGAGAGAUGUUCCUUUUGCUUUGUAUAUAACACUGCAGUCAAAAACACUAUAGCCUACGGCGAUGUUUGUUGUCCUUUGUUGUACACUGUUUUAUCACUGUGGACAAAGUCUUAGCGUUUUGUAAGAUUAUGUGCAAUAUUGUUUUUUUACUUGGGGAAUCAUUUUUCAUUUGGUUGUAUAACAUUGUUGUUUUUCAUUGGAACACAUUAACAACUGACAAGUUGGCGGUGUGCUCAUUAGAAUGUUUAGAGCCAGGUCUUAUGGACCAUAAAGUUAUUUUGUGUUCAUCUCCUCUGUGGUGGCUGAGACAGAAAAGCACUUUAUCUAGAGCUAACACUUGUUGUGAUUGAAGGUUAGAGGACAUAAUCAGUGUUUAAUAAAAACUAACUUGCCCAGUUUACACACCGAUUCAUAGCUUCCUCUGGUGGUAUGAGUGUGUACUGCAGCCAGUUGAAGUAAGAUCUGGGUGACAAAGUGGGAUAGCUAGAUCAGAUCUUGACAUUACUCUGCAGUUUUUCACUGCAAUUAUAUACUAACUUUUCAUUUAAUUUUCUUCCUUUCACUUUAAGUAUGUGCAAGGGCAGUUUUGGCGUGCAGUAAAACUAUUUGGUUGUUUUUCUUUUCUCCAUUUCUCCAUUUAAAAAAAAAAUCACAGUAGAUGGUUGAUUUAUUAAAAAAAUACUCUAAUCUUAUAUAUGAUUUAGGGUUAGAUAAGUAUUUAUAAUAAAAUAAACAGGUUUGGAGAGCUUUUAAGCACAAAAUAUAUUGGUGAAUAAAAAAUACAGUGGUUUGAUUCAUCCUGAAGUUGCCAUAUUAAAUAGUUUAAUCCAUGAGAUAUUGCAAGGUGAGAAAACUGUACAAUAGGGGUUGAACAGUAGUGCUAUAAAUCUACCCUAAUAAUCCUCACUAAUCAUGGAACUGUGAUGACAACGGUCCAGUUGUGAACCACGCGCCUCGCUCUAGGUUUAAACUUCUACGUAUGACCUGUGUUCCAUAAUGAUUCAUAUCCCAACCAGUGGCGACCCGUCAUUCAGAGCAGAGCCCCACCUGUUUUGAG